CUGUGGGUACCUAACAAAUAUUUUGUUGAACUCUACAGAUAUGAGUAAAGCCAAGCGUACAGCAACUUCAUCAAAAGAAUUCAAAGGCGCAGAUUCCAGCAAUGAGAUUACAAUUGCGGUUUCUUUGCGUGCGCUGUUUAACCUGGAGAACUACAAAUACCCACAACAUGCGAUGCCUAUACCAGGAGUUGCCUUCCCCUUUGUUAAGGCGCUGAAGAACACGCUGGCGAAGCAAAACCCCAGCGAUAAACUGCUAGUUAAUAUCGUAAUAACGGUUCCUGAAGCAGAACGAGUGAAUGAGCAGCUGGAGAACAUCAUCCAGUAUUUUGGUCGGCUGAUGAGAUAUAAUGAUACGAAUCUUCUCAACCUUCUGAUAGAAAACAAAACAAAAUUGUACCUCUCCAUCAACUCAGCUGAAGUGGCUAAUGCCAUCAAUCAGGGUAUCGCAGCAGCCACCUUGUUCACUCCGGAAGCAAGAAUGGAACUGAGUGAGUCUGAGCUGCGAGUUGCGUUUGAUGGAGACGGCGUGAUUUUCUCAGAUGAAGCAGAAAAAGUGAUGAAGACAAAAGGACUUAAAGCCUUCCUACAACAUGAAGAGCUCAGAGCGGAAACUCCUCUUCCUGAGGGUCCUCUGAAGUGUUUCCUGGAAGUUCUGGUGCAGCUGCAGAAAAACAGAUGCCCGAUCCGUACGUUUCUGGUGACAUCACGAGAAGCACUGAUUGCAGGACGCAGAGCUUUAAAUACUCUGCGUGGAUGGGAUCUGAAUAUUAAUGAGAUGAUUUUCCUUGAGGGAAGUCCAAAGGGUUCAAUACUGCAAGCAAUCAAACCGCACGUUUUCUUUGAUGAUCAAAUGAAACAUGUUCUGAAUGCGAAGGAGGCCGGCGUCGUCGCUGCCCAUGUGCCUUAUGGGAUUUCACAAGAAUAUAAUUGAGAGUAAUAAUCAAGCAGACAGAACAGUGAGAGUAAAGGGAAUGGGGUUUUUAAUUGUUGUUGCUGUUUCAUAAACAUUCUGUUUAAAUCAGUUAACUGUAUCCACAUUAGGCCUGUGCCAAUAAUCUGUUAUACGAUACACCACAAUAUUGUUAUUAUAAAACAUCGUCUCAGAUACCAGGUGAUGCAUCUGAUACCUGAUGAUGUUCUAGUGCACACUGUUGCGCUAAUGAACAGACAACACCAAAUGACAGCAAUCUGGACAUAAUUCAUAACUAAUGAUCAAAGCAAAGCAGACUGCGAGCUGUGAAAAUAUCAGGCGGAGGAGCUACAGCGUCUUCCUACAGUACAGCUGCACGCGUCCUGAAUCAGGGCAUCCCUGCUACAGGUGUUUAUUCUGUGCUAAUUAGGUACAUGCUAUAGUAGUCCAAGACACACAGUGCAGACGCGUAAAUACAUCAUCACUUCCUGUUUACUGUUCUGAGUAACGGUUGUAAUUGGAUUCAUCGAUCAACCUGUUGGCAUAGUGACAUUUAGCUAGCGAGCAUAACUGCACACCUUCACACAGCUGAUCGCUAACGAUCAUUAUACGUAUGCGUAACAUCGCCACGUGUCUAACGCUGGCAGGAAAAACAUGGACAAAUGUUACAUUAAGGGUGUCGUAUACAUUAUCAUAUACUUUAUCAUAUACUUUAGUUUAGAGUUUAUACAUACAUUAAUCUUACUACUAUUAUUACUAAGUUAGAAUCUUUGCUUUGCAUGUGCUCUGUUAUUAUUUUUAAAAGAUUUUAUUAUUAGUAGAAGGUAGGUGUUUAGCAUUAUGUGUAAUUUAGCAUGUUAGCUUUUGUGUGUACGUUAUACACGCAUUCUCACCUGUCUGUGCAUUUAAAUAAAGAGUUUGGAAGAAAA